UGAUUAGUGAUAACAGCCCUAUAUACUAGACUCUAAACUGCCGGUCAGUGACUCAGCUAGUAGCCAGGCAGGUAUAAAAGCUCUAUAAACUGUUCGAUUUAAUUCAGUUUGCGAACGAUAGCUGAGCUUGUUAUUUGAUUAAAGAUGUCGUACAAGGUUGAACCUCUGCCGGACUCUGUGGCCCGACUGGGCGAGGGACCCCACUGGGACGAGGCCAGGCAGAGCCUGUACUACGUGGACCUGGACACGGCUGGGAUCAACCGCUACGACUUCAAGCAGAAGAAGAUCUACAAGGCCAAGAUUGAGGGCGAGACAUAUGCCACCUUCAUUCUGCCCAUUGAGGGCAAGCCCCAGGAGUUCGCCGUGGGCUGCAUCCGUCGGUGUGCCGUCGUCCAGUGGGAUGGCUCCUCCCCGGUGGCCAAGGUGGUGCGCACCCUCUUCGAGAUCCGGCCGGAGCUGAAGGACAACCGACUGAACGACGCCAAGACCGAUCCCAAUGGUCGCUUCUACGGCGGCACCAUGGCCCAUGGCCUCGAGGACUUCUUCAAUAUCUGGAAUGGCGAGCUCUACAGCUGGGAGGCUGGUGGUCAGGUGAAGGUCAUCAAGGACAAGGUGGGCCUCUCCAACGGCCUCACCUGGGACACCAAGGCCAAGAAGUUCUACCACGCGGACACCAACAACUUCGAGGUGGUGGGCUACGACUACGACCAGGCCACUGGCGCCGUGUCCAACCCGAAGGUGGUCUUCGACCUGAGGAAAAUUCGUCCCGAGGGACCUCUCUACCCCGACGGCCUCACCAUCGACACUGAGGGCAACAUCUACGUGGCCACCUUUGGCGGAUCCUCCGUCUUUAAGGUCAACCCAAGCACUGGAAAGAUCCUUGUGGAGAUUAAGAUUCCCACCAGCCAGGUGACCUCGCUGGCGUUCGGAGGACCCAGCCUGGACAUCCUCUAUGUGACGACGGCCAACAUCUCGGAGCUGCCCAAGCCCGCUGGCACCAUCUUCCAGGUGACCGGACUGAAUGCCAAGGGUUACCCCGGAGUCAACCUGAAGGUGUAGACUGUAGAGAUUAGGGUUGGAAACCAUUCCAAACUAUAUUUAAUAAUAAAUAAAAAGUCGAUUAGAAACUCCUGUUUCCGAAGCGCGAUAAGCGGAGGCACUUAA